AUGAUAAUAAAUAAUGAAUUUUCAAAGUCAUUGCCUGAUAACCUCAAAAAGCUUGUUUACAUUCCCGAUCCUAAUUCAAAUACAAACCCGAACAUAGGAUUAUAUAGCGAAAAAAUAUACAACAUAGAUAAUGUAGAAGACUAUUUAAAUUUUUCGUGGAAAUACGACAAUCCUCCCUCUAAUUUAAUUAGAGAUAAGUUCUCAUGGCUAGACACACUAACGGAAGAUGGUGGAUCUCACUCCCAGGAUGAGUUGCACUCACACUUCAAUGAGCUGUUUCACUUGUCGACUGACGAUAAUAUUUUGAAAAAUUUCCUGUUUGGAACGUCAAACCAAGAUGACGACGAAAGCUGGAACUUGCCGGAUACAAACCCACUUAAAACAAGUCUAUCGUUGCCAGGAGUCGAGGGCUAUCAGCUGAAUACGAAUUGGUACAACCGGCUUCAAUCGUCGUAUAGAAACAUAUGGCUGUUUGACAAGGGUGAUAAAUUAUCUGUUUUCAAUAUCGAACAGGACCACAGCUUUCUCAAGCAGGUGGGCCUGUUCUACAAGGAGUCGAAAAUCGCAUGCUUAAUCCUGUUGAAAUCACUGCUCUCUUCACACCUAUCAGAUUUACCAAACGGGUUCAUUGAGAUAACUCAGGAGUUCUUUCCAGAUAUUUACAAAUUCUAUAAGCCAAAAUUUAAAAAUGACCGUCUGUUUGUACAUGACGGUAUCGUGUUCACGUUGGUUAUCGGAGACAAUGAUACGUUUUCAAUUCACAGAUACAGUGAGUGCAAGAAGACAUACUCCAAUGACUUUAAGGGUAAGCAGGCACUGUGCCACGCAAUACACAGUCUUGGAAAAAAUAAAAACUUCGCAAUGCCGAUCUGCUGCGUUAUCGACUACAUGUCAAUCAGAGUAGUAGCAGAACCGCUAAUCCCAAUAAGUGAAGAUACGCGGUUUUUCCUCGAUUCACUAGUUGGUUUCGAGUCCGACGAUCACGAUUUCCACAAAAUAAUGACCAGAAUCGUAUCUAACAAAACGCUUUCCAAUGAUUUAUAUAUUAUGUCGAAGUCAAUGAAGUUAUGUUCACUGCCACUCCCGUUUGCAUCUUCUGAUGAUAAAAAAAAUAAUGGUAUAAACAGCAAUUGCAAUGCAGUAGAAUCUAAUGGAAUGUUGCACUUCAUCAAUACCCAAGAGGUGCUACCGCCAUGGAUGGAGUAUGAAUCUAUGCGAAGAAACCAGUACAGAUUGCGUGAAGAGUUUAUAAGAUUCUACUUCGACCAGAAUUUAAAAUGCACACUAAAGUCACAGCCUGUUUUUGAAACCGAUUUUGACAAUAAAACGUUUAAAGAGGCAAUUGAGCAAAAUCAAAUCCUAAUAAAAAACAACAUUAAUAAAUUCAACACUAUCACGGGAUCAUGGGACUUAAGCAACACGUUGCAUUCAUUCGGUAUUAAUAUGAAAAAUAUCGGAAUAAUUUAUGAAAAGUCAAAAAGGAGUGCCCUAAGUGAUGUUGUCGGAGCAGAGAUGGCGUCGAGAGCGUUUAAGCACGUUUGGGAGGCAGAAAUUCAAAGCCUCCUGAUAGCAAAAGAUGUGAGCAUUGACAAAAUUGAUUUUCUAUUCCUUGAUUUGGUAAACGCGUUCCUCGGGUUUAGCGAGUAUUCAAUUACAUUUUGGUCAAACAAAAUACAUCCUCUAAUAACAAACCAUUUCAAUGUUUUCGACGUAAAAUCGAUUAGUUUCAAUACUAUCCCCAAAUUUCUACUGAUAACUGCUAUUGAAAACAACCUGGGAGUCGUACUUACCAAAUUUGAAAAGGGGAAAAUGCUAAACACGCCCAUUGGAUUCAACGAUUUUAAGUCAUUGGAACCUCCUGUUCUGUUUUCUUACGACAUUUCCGAUGACUAUAAAUCUCAGUUUUAUCCUAAAGUCUCAGUCACAUAUCCGAAAUAUAACCUUAAGAUAUACAAAGCUGCAUCAUCGAUGUGUAACAAGGAAGGACCUUAUGGAUAUGGGUUUUUGAUAAAUUCAAAUAGCCUUUUAAUGGGAUUGCCUGCACAUAUGAAGUCGAAGAUUUUGGGGUCAGGAUACCCGUGUGAUCCUAUUUGUGAAUACAACACAGAAAUCCUAUGCAACAGGUUAUAUAACACUGUUGUUGGAGCUUAUUUGUACGCUCUGGUUGAAUCUGAAUUGCUAUAUUCACAUAUAACCAGAUUUAAAAUACUAAUAACUCUGGGAUAUUCGUUUUUACAGCAUCGAUUUUACAUUAACGCUUUAAAGAUAGCCGAAUACUUAGUGGAACACACUUGUGACAUAGCGCCUCUAAAUAUUGAAUCGAGGAUAUUAAGGAUACAAUGUUACACAUUAACAGGUAUUUACAAACAAAGAUUUAAACGUUCAGGCGAAAAUGAAAUUGUCGAUAAUGAAUAUGCUGAUAUGUUCAAUAUGCUUGAGAACUUUGAAUCAUUCAAUGGUUUCUUGAAGCUACAGCUGUUGAUCACAAUAUCGCACUACUGGUGGAUCAAUAAGAAAUAUCAAAAGUGCCUAUCCAAUAUAGAAAAUACGAUUGACUCUUACAUAGAUUUUUUCACUCUUAAGAACUACGAAUGGGUUCCGACCUUCCUAUUGUCACUAAUAGGAAGUUGCACGAAGGAGUUGAAACUAGAUAAAGAAUCACUAGUGACUAGUUACCAGCUUUCAAAAUACGUAAACUCGACAGAUCUUCCUUCUUACACAAUUAUAAACAUCCAGUGGCUUUUUCUUGAAUCAACAAUAAGGGCCAACAAGUACACAAUGGCAAUUGAGAUAGCAUCGCAAUUAUUGUCAGAACUUAAAGCAGAAUUUAGCGAUUCAUCAAUGGAGUAUCUAAGGGGAUUAUACAUAUCCGCAUGGGUAAAUAGACAAGUUGGAGCCGUGCACUUCCUAUAUCCAUAUCUCUAUUUGAGAACAUCCGAUCGUGAAAAACCAUACAAUAUUGAACGACAAUGGGUUGAAAACGAUUAUAUACUAAUGGAGAGGAUAUCAGAAUCAAAUAAUUGUGUCGAAAACAGAAAUCUCCUUAGUGAUUCUCUGUGUUACUAUAUGACCUUGCUCGACAAGUUUUACGAGUUGUCGGAACAGAACAAUAAAAACAUUCUAGAUAUACUCAGACAAAUCGAUCCUGCUUUUAGUAUGCAAAAGUUGAAAUAUUCCGUAAAUAUAACAAGGGAAUUCCUGAUAAAGCAUGGAAGUGAUAAAGUGUUAAAUUCCUUGGAAGAUCCAUUCCUGAAGAUAUACCUUGAUAAUGCCGCAGUAUUCCAGUCCAAGAUUAUGCUUGUAGCAGAACAAUUCCUAACACUAAAAAUAGUAUCUCUUGAUACUGUCAAAUGCUAUAUUGUUGCAAACAAGCUGUACAAUGCAUAUGCGAGCCAAGUAUCCAGUGAAUACACAAGCCAGUUAACAGCAGGGCCUAGAACUCAUCACAAUAAUCAAUUUGAAAAGCUGCCAAGUGGCAAUUUCAACGUUGCAACAAGACAAGCCGAAUCUUUUUCAUCACAUGUUUCAAUUAAAAACAACAUAAUACCAAGAAGUGGCCACGACUUAAGAUCGAUAGAGUUAUUACUGCUGGGUGACCCUGUGUAUAGCAAGAAUGAGUUGUGUGAAAUGUGUAUCCGGAAUUGUAGAACCGGAAGGGAGUGUGACCAAUGGUUUUACUCAAUCUUUGAAAUCAUAAAUAACAGAUCGGAUAUGUGUCGAGAAAAGUUAUCUCUUAGCAUUGACAUUUUGAGGAAUUUUUCAACUGCCGCUCUCAGUCUGUUCAUAUUGGGCCACGUCGCAAACAUUUCAAAUUCCGACCUGAAACAAACUCUUUCAUUUAAAUCCUUUAAGAAGAAUAUGAAUUUAUAA